UAUAUUUUUGAUGUGGUGCGUGCUUCAUAGAAGCACAAACAGGGCCUUACCUGAAUAAGUGAAGGCACAAGAAGGUAUGCAGAGCGUACAACAUCUUGAGAGGAUUUGACCAUUCCUUUGCUUUGAGACAAUUUUCAAAAUUGUCACUCUCUCACACACUCACACAGUACACGGCAGUUAUGCUCCAAAAUCUCGGUCCCCUCCUCCUUCUUCUCCUCCUCCUCCUACCCGUAUAUAUAUACCCUCGCCGUCGUCGUAACGGUCAUAUUUCUCGUCUCUCUCUCCCUCUAAAAGCACUCGUUAAACCUCCGCUCCGCUCCGCUUCUCUCUCUCUCUCUCUCUCUCUAAUCACAUUAUAGUAGCUAAUUCUUAAUUGAAUUCUGCUCUCUCUCUCUCGCACACAUUACACACACGUUUCCCAUACUGAAUUCGCUGUAUCGAGUUGGAGGUUUAGGGUUUGAAAGGGUGUGGCAAUUCGUCGCGAGAUAUGAAAUGGUAAUUGCUGUGGCAUCCAAACCUAAGCAGCUCUCCUCGCAGAACCAGAAGCGGCCGCCGUUGCUUCGCUCGGAGACGGAUAAUGCGUCGCCAUGCCGCCCAAAAGCUCGUGAGGUCACGUCCCGUUACUUGUCCUUCUCAACAUCUUCCUCUUCGAAUUCUUCUUCAUCAACCAACACGAAGUCCACUUCCGGAUCAUCAAUUUACUCGAGGAGGUCUCAGUCUCCGAUGCUCAGCAGCAGAGCAUCAAUUGCUACACCAAAAAGCGCCGUUAAAGAGAGGGCAGUGUCUGCAGAGAGGAGACGGCCGGCGGCGGCAACGACGUUUAGCGCGGAGAGGAUGCAAAUGACGUCAGUGCGGAGUUUACUGGUGUCAUUUCAGGGCGAGUCGUUUUCGUUGCCAGUGAAUAAGGUGAAGCCGUCACCGACGUCGGUGGGAACUCCCGGGGGUUUGAGGAAAGGUACUCCAGAGAGGCGGAAAGCAGGGAUGACUCCUUCCAGAGAUCAGACGGAGAGGGACAGGGAGAAUUCAAGGCAAAGUGAUCAGCUCCACCGGUGGCCGGGGAGAUCACGCGGCCAGAAUUCGAGUUUUUUGACUCGGAGUAUGGACUACAGCUCUGAGAGAGGGAAUUUGAAUGGAUUCAUGACUGAGCUUAACGAAUUGAGAACAACGACGGCUGAUGAAAAUAGUGGAAAUGAGGUUGGUAUGGGUUUGAAGGCUGAGAGUAACAGUUUUGAGCUUGAUACUCGAUUGAAUGUAGUUGAUCACUUGAAUUUCGAUUCCGAGAGUGUCUCAUCAGAGAGUACCGCCAGUGGGAGCGUGAAUCAACUGGGAGGAGGGCCACGUGGGAUCACUGUACCAACAAGGUUUUGGCAAGAAGUAAGUAGCCGGGCACUUAAAGUACCAGAUCCUGCUUCACCUGCAUCAGAUAAUGCAUCAAGUAGAGAAGGUUCUCCAAAACUAAUUGGUACGAAAAAAUUUCAAAAUGAUAGUCCUGUAUCAUCCCCUCGGGAAGUUUUUCCAUGCAAAGGAUUGUCACCUCUUCGAGGGGGUGCGAGGGUAGCUUCACCAAGCAAGGCCUUGAAUUCAUCAACUGGUGCUCUGUUGAGGGGAAUGCCUAGUCCAACAAGAACUAGAAAUGGUGCCAGUAGUUUAAUGAAUGUCAAUAACACGUGCAGCACACCGUCGAUGUUGAGCUUUGCUGCUGAUGUGAGGAGAGGAAAGUUGGGAGAGAGUCGAAUUGUUGAUGCACAUAACUUGAGACUAUUAUAUAACCGGCAGUUGCAGUGGCGACUAGCAAAUUCGAGGGUAGAGAAUGCUCUGUUGGUACAGAAACAGGCAGCAGAGAGAAGCCUCUAUAAUGCUUGGGUAUCUACCUCAAAAUUGCAGCGUUCUGUCAAGUCCAAGAGAAUUGAACUGCAAAUGUUGAGACAUAAUCUGAAGCUUUAUUCUAUUUUAAAGGAACAAGAACUACAUUUGGUGAACUGGGAUCUAAUUGAUAGAGAUCACUGGAAUUCAUUGUCUAGUGCUAUUAAAGCAUUGGAAGCUAGCACCAUCCGCCUUCCUGUUGUUGGUGGUGCAACGGCUGAUGUUCAAAAGGUGCAAGAAGCUAUUUCUUCAGCUGUUGAUGUGAUGCAAGCAAUGGCAUCUUCAGUAUGCUCUUUGGCAACAAAGGCAGAACAAACGAACUUGCUUGUGUCGGAACUUUCUAAUUUAAGUGCAAGAGAGUGUCGCUUACUUGACGAGUUCAAAGAUUUAUUGUCAACAGCAUUUAUACCCCUGCAGGUGAUUUAUUGUAGCCUGAGAACCCAUAUGUUGCAAGAUUCAACAACCUUAACGAAGAAAGUGUAAAUACGCUGGUCUUGUUUUAUUGCAUACCAGUAAUGCUAUUCAAAUUACUACUAUUUUUCCACAACACCACGCAAGAGAUGGUGGUCGAACAAAGUAUUCUUGUUUUAUGUAGAGAUGGCCUCAGAGUGCUUCAUCUCCCAGAUUUGCAGAAAGCAGCUCCAGAGUGUGUUUUUUGGAGGGUGGGAGAUCUUGCUUUCUAUAUUAGAUUGUAUACCUCGUAUUCGUUUUAGAUAUAUGUAUAUAUAUACAUAGGUUAGCAGUCCGAUUGUCCUCUGCAA